UUCUUCCCUUUUUCUCAGCAGCGUGCCGCGUGUUAAGGUUUUAUAAAAUAAAUUUCGAGAUGUCUACGGAAGACCAUGAUACCGAAUUUGCCACUGUCGAUUCUGGCGCAGCCCAAACAUUUCCUAUGCAAUGCUCGGCUUUGCGUAAAAACGGUUUCGUGAUGCUCAAGGGACGUCCGUGCAAGAUUGUGGACAUGUCUACAUCUAAGACUGGCAAGCAUGGCCACGCCAAAGUCCACCUUGUCGGCAUCGACAUAUUCACACAAAAAAAAUAUGAAGAUAUAUGCCCCUCUACCCACAACAUGGAAGUGCCCAAUGUGAAACGCGAGGACUAUCAACUCAACGACAUUAGCGAUGAUGGCUACCUCUCUCUAAUGUCCGACAGUGGCGAUAUACGCGAAGACCUCAAACUUCCCGAAGGACAAUUGGGUGCAUCAUUGCGCACGGAUUUUGAUAGCGGCAAAGAUCUAUUGUGUACCGUACUAAAAGCCUGUAACGAAGAGUGCGUCAUUGCCAUAAAAACCAACACAGCAUUGGACAAGUAGGCUAUCCUAAGCUGUCAUGAACCGAAAGUGUAAUGAUAAAAUGAAGUAAUAUCAAUUAAAUGAUUCUACAAAACAAA